AUGUGGGCUCGUCUUGGCUUCACCCGAAGGUUACUAGUCACUAGCACUGCGAAGAAGUGCGAGACCGUCACUAGUGGCCCCACCACUCCAUCUAUCAAGGUGAGCCGCCUCGAAACAUGGAGCUCUCCUAUACCAUUCUUUCGGCCACCGCUUCCUGGGUGUAGGGGUGGGGUCUCGAAGUGUACCAAUCCAAUCAACCGAUCUCGUGUCUUCGGAGACGAGUCAAGUUGA